AUGUCGCAGCAAUACUACGGAGACUCUCAAUGGGCGGGCGCCGGUCCUUCCCAAACAACUUGGGAUCACCAGACUCCUCCGCCACCGCCAGCGAGAUCUGGUGCCAGUUCUGCUAUCCCGCGCGAAGUCGAAUCGAUUGCUUUUGCCUACCAGUUUGAGGAGGUUGAGCGUGCUAUCGAUAACCUGGUUAAGAGCGGGAAGAUGUACGGCCCGCCUGGGCGACAUGGACGGGUUGCAUCUGGUCAUGGCCCGCGGCCGCAUUCCGUGGAGUUUGGAGACCCGCGAGCCGGCCACCCUGGUCCGAACCUGCAGAAUUUCUAUGCCGCGCAACGACACCAGCCCUCGCGCGGUUCCAACGAGGCGGAACAGAUGAUGCAGGCCAAGCGGAGGAUGGCGGCUCAACGGGAGCGAGAGCUUCGCAACUAUCAUCAAGAGCAGCAAUUUAACCGAAAUGUUCUUUCUGAUAUAUCCUAUAACAGCAAGCCUGAUCGCGCUCUGAGCCCUGGCAGCCUGUCCGAAGAUGAACGUCGUGAUUUGAUCGCACGUCAGCGUAGUGCGCUUUUCGGCGAGGGUAGCUAUCCCGAUGAACCUGGCGUAACUCGACCCGGAGUACCUGGCUUGCCAACUGGCACCUCCGGUCACCGUGGCCCCUCCCCCUUAGCAUACGACUACGGACGACCUGGUGCACCUAACGCCUCCGAGGGUGCACCGCAGCCUAAUGAGACACAGGGCCUUUCCCGUGCCAAUAGCAACUCCAGCCCCCAGUCGAACCCGCCGGCCACCAUUGGUAUUUUCGACAGUGCUGUCGGCCAGCAGGCUAAUCGCACCAGCAACUCAUCUCCAACUGGUGGAUCUCCUCCCCGGGUUGGAGGUGUCUCUAAGCCGGGUCAAAGCGGGAAUGCGGUUGCCCCUAUCGGCACUCGACCGUCGGCAGCUUCUCAGGCUACUAAUCCAGCCUUGAAUAAGCGCUCGACUACUCCUCUUCCGUCGCCGUUAAGCCACGGAUUUACGGCGUCAGGUAAUGGAGAUGACGCUACACAAGGCGUCUCAACUACUUCUGCUCCUUCCAACCCGCCCAGCGCUGCGGCGGAUGGGUAUAACGGAUGGAGCAACCGUUCAGGUGUUUGGGGAAACAAAUCCAAUUUGGGAGUUCAGGCUAGCGUUUGGGGUUAG